AUGACUACCAUCCCAGAGGACGGUGCUGGCAAAACAAAGCAACCCUACCUUUUCAACUCUACUCAGCAGCCAAACAUGUCAAUUGAACCAACCACCGCCAGAACCUGCUUGGACAAGCUCCAAGGCAUGGAAACCAAAUCCUCUGAGAGCAAAAGACAGCUGAUGCAAUCGAUCGCGGAUGACAUCUGCGCCACGUUCAUGAAAAUCUCCGAGUACGCCGGGGCCGGCACGCUGCGUGCCAGCCACACGGAGCCGAUCGACAACGUGGUUCGGGUCAUCCGUGACACGGACGUGUCGUUCCGGCGCUCCCUGGAGCAGCGGGUGCGGCGUCUGCGCAAGGAGAAGCGAUGGCUGCGCAGAGAGUAUCGGAAGGUGGUUCGCAGUACGGAGACGCUGUCGCGUACGUACAAGGAACGGAUUCUGGUGAUGAGGCAUAGACUACAUUUUUCGCAGAAAAACCUGGUCGAUUUGCGGGCUGAGCAUGAGCUGUUGCGGGCAUGGUCUCAGAAUAGAGGCCAGCAGGAUCAGGGAAGAGAUCUCAAGGGGGUGGAAAAGGCUGGAGAUGACAAGAAAUCACAGUCGGGCGUGGAUGGUGAGAACCCGAGCUUGCAAUAA